AUGCGCCAGUCCGGGUCCCUCGGCGCGAGCAGCAGCACGCCGGCGGCGGCCAAGGGCGGCGACGACGCGAGCGGCGUGCACAAGUUCUGGGACACGCAGCCCGUGCCCAAGCUCGGCGAGUCCAUCAGCGACGUCGACGUCAACGACGUCAUCGAGCCGAACAAGCCCUCGAGCGCGCUGCGCCAGGAGCCCUUCAAGAUGCCCGAGGGCUUCGCGUGGUCCGACCUCGACGUCACGUCCGAGGACAUCCUCAAGGAGAUCUACACGCUGCUCAACGAGAACUACGUCGAGGACGACGACGCCAUGUUCCGCUUCGACUACUCCAUGCCCUUCCUCGAGUGGGCUUUGACGCCGCCGAACUACGACACGUCGUUCCACCUCGGCGUCCGCAACGAGCGGUCCGGGUCCAAGCUCAUGGCCUUCAUCACGGGCGUGCCGGCGACGGCCGUCGUCCGCGGCAAGCCCGUGCGCGUCGUCGAGAUCAACUACCUCUGCGUCCACAAGCGGCUCCGCACGAAGCGCCUCGCGCCCGUGCUCAUCAAGGAGAUCACGCGCCGCGUGAACUUGAAGGGCGUCUUCCAGGCCGUCUACACGGCCGGCGUCGUGCUGCCCAAGCCCGUGGCGUCCUGCCGCUACUACCACCGGUCCCUGGACCCGAAGAAGCUCAUCGAGAUCGGCUUCUCCCGGCUCAUGCCCCGCAUGACGAUGGCGCGGACGAUCAAGCUCUACAAGCUGCCCGACCGGCCCGUCUGCGGCCGGCUCCGCGCGAUGACCCCGGACGACGUGCCCCAGGCCCACGCCCUCCUCUCCAACUACCUGUCCAAGUUCGCCCUGGCGCCGAAGCUGGACGUCGACGAGUUCGCGCACUGGGUCCUCCCGCGGCCGGGCGUCAUCGACAGCUUUGUCGUCGACGACGGCACCGCGGCCAAGAACGUCACGGACCUCUGCUCCUUCUACCACCUGCCGUCGACGGUCAUCGGCCACGAGAAGCACUCGACGCUCAAGGCGGCCUACUCCUUCUACAACGUCGCGACGUCCAUGCCGCUGCAGGACCUCAUGCGCGACGCGCUCGUCUGCGCGAAGCGCGUCGACAUGGACGUCUUCAACGCGCUCAACAUCAUGGAGAACGACGCCUUCCUCAAGGAGCUCAAGUUCGGCAUCGGCGACGGCCACCUCCAGUACUACCUCUACAACUGGAAGUGCGCCGAGAUGCAGCCCAACGACAUCGGCCUCGUCCUCCUUUAG